CGUCAGAUAGUUUUCUCCAAUGGGUAAAGGUGACUAAAUACCAGUUGUCUCGUUUGCCGGCACAGUCUCAUCCUAUCAGCUGGGGGAGAGAUGAUGGACGACUCCGGCGGUGUCCAAAUGGCGAAGGCGCUGAAGCAUGCAGCCCUCUGCCUGAUGCUGCUGCCCCGGUUCCUUCUGGCCGCAGUUAUGCUGUGGCUCCUGGAUUUCUUGUGCAUUAGGAAACAAGUGCUGCUGAAAAUGGGAGAGAGGCAGGAGAGCCCUGACGACCCGCCGGUGUGCGUCUCUGACUCUAACAAGAUGUUCACCUUGGAGUCCCUGAGGGCCGUGUGGCAUGGUCAGAAAUUGGACUUUCUCAAAUCUGCGCACCUUGGGCGCCCUGCGCCCAACACCGAGGUGGUGCUCGUCCAGGAGCGGAAGCAGGUGCGAAUCCUGGACUGCGUGAAAGGGAAGAGACCGCUCAUUCUUAACUUUGGCAGCUGCUCCUGACCGCCAUUCAUGACGCGUCUGACGGCGUUUCAGCGCGUCGUGAGUCAGUACGCAGACAUUGCGGACUUUUUAGUUGUAUAUAUCGAGGAGGCGCAUCCCUCGGACGGCUGGGUGAGCUCGGACGCGCCGUAUCAGAUCCCCAAGCAUCGCUGUUUGGAGGACAGACUGAGAGCCGCUCAGCUGAUGCUCACUGAGGUGCCGGAGACCAACGUGGUGGUGGAUAAUAUGGACAACUCAUGUAACGCCGCGUAUGGAGCCUACUUUGAGAGACUUUACAUCGUGAGCGAUGAAAAAGUGGUGUACCAGGGGGGCAGGGGUCCAGAGGGAUACCGGAUUUCCGAGCUUAGAAACUGGCUGGAACAAUACAGGAACGAUCUGCUGAAUUCCCAAACAGCGAUACUCCAUGUGUAGAUGCUGAACUGCCCGCUGCUCUGCCCACUCUGCUUAAGUAUCCAACCCACAGUGCAAAAUAUCCAGAUGCUGCUAUCAGAUGUUCACCCAUGGCACAUUGUUGUUUUUCUUGCAAAAAACAUGAAGAAUUUUUUUCAGGACUCUUUGUCAAAAUAGCCUAAAGUCAUGUUGAAGCAUAGACCGUAGGCUGUAAUUUUGUGCUUGUCUCGACUUUCAUUGAUUGCGCAUAGCGAUUCUCUUUAUUUCUUCUUUUUGUAUGAAAAAGUCUCAAUUGGAUUCAAUUGGUAAUCACUCUAUUUUUCUACAAUACCUGUGUGUGUGCGUGGGUGUGUGUGCGCGCGUGCGUGCUAAUAUCGCCUUCUGGUGUCUCUGUGAAGUUCGGUUUUUAAAAGGCUCAUCCAGAAAACCGACACUGAUGUUUCCGACACUGGUAGCGGGUCCAUAUUAGCGGGACGCCUCACUCGGUGACCGACUGCCUAACGGUGUAACGUUGAAGCAAUUGUAACUGAACAAAUGUUUUUAAUAAAUGUCAGAUUACACACUGAUGACGCACUUUUGAGUGUUGAAAACGCCUUAAAGCUCUUCCUUUGGUCAUCCUGGUGCAUCCAUUUUUAUUUUACUGCUUCUGUUUACUUCUAAAAAGAGAGACAGAGAGAAAGGAAAGAAAGGAAAAAGUAAGUCGUCACAUUUUCUUGCUGUGUAGUCUUAAAGAACAGAUUUAGAACUCAGCUUCAUAUGAUUGCUUAUCUCUCUGUUAUGACGUUGUUUAUUCUCUUUUAAUUUGGUACAUAAUCUGUCCUUGUGGCUAAUCUGUAAACCAUUCACCAGUUCAAGAAAGGAACUUUUUGUGUGUCAGUGAGAGGGAAAAGGAGGAAACAAAAGGCUACUCAGUUUUAUUUAGACAGUUCAAAAGAAGAGGCCUGUUUCAUGUUGUGUAAGACGGUUAAUGAGAAAUGACAGUGAAGAGAAGCUGAUAUGAUGAUCAAGCAAUGAGGAAAAGAUAAAAAAAAAAAAAAAAAGCAAACAAAAAACCCCAAACAAAUCUGAAUUUAACAGAAUUUGUCUAAUAUUACACAUUAAUGGAAGUCAUGAACAUAAAUUAUUCUCUUUGUUGAAUUCAUGUAAUCUGCAUUUUGGCAGAAAAAUCGCUCAUCAGAGAUUGUCUUGACUUCACCAGAUCAACUAAUGCACAGAAAAGCAAACUUUAUACUCUCAAUAUGGAAGCUGCAUAUUAAAAAAAAUUUUAAAAAAAUGGAAUAUUAGUUAUUCUAAAGAAACUGAGAUAGCUAAGCUGCAUCUUUAGUUCUUAAUAAGUCUCCCCCAUAUACAUUUACACACUGCCACAUAAUCAGGAUUAGGGAGUGCUGUGUAAUACUGUAGGUCAGUUGUGGCUAAUGUUACUUCUCUGUAGUUUUAAUGUAUUCAGGUUGAUUCUCAUGUAUGUGCUAUACAAUGUUGUAUGUCCUUAGGCAUUAAUGUAGUGUACAGCAGCAGGGGAACUGAUGUGUCCUUGCUUUCGCUUCAGUGCUAAAUGUGGGGAACAAAGUCAGUGUUCGUUUAAACUUCCCCUUUCUGAUUCAUUCCAGGUCUUUCAGGAAAAACAGAGGGGAAAAAAAAGGUCAGUCAAUUAGAAAUGUCUGACCACAGAGCUUUUUAAAAACGUCACCGGUCACCUGAGAGAGAUUCACGAGUCAAAACUACCAAACGGGCCGUCACUGUCGAGCACUGCCUCUAGCAUUCAAUUUGUUUGUUUUUUAAAAUGACAUUUUCAUUAGUGUCCCAGUCCCCUUUUUUUUCUUUUGGGUUCUGAAUAUAAUGCAAACAACAUGAUCAGACAAGACUUAAAAAAAAACAAAAAACCACUGAUCUCUUGUUGAAUUACUUGCUUGGCUACCGUGUGCCAUACAGAUAUUAGUUUCAUCUUAUCUGGCAAACUGACUAAUGAAUAGAGAGGCAAGCAGACUGCUUAAGGGCCCAUCAGACCGAGGGUUCAAACACCGAUGACACAUCUUUCAGUUUUAUCAGAUCACACCACUGUUUGCGUCAGACGACGCGGUCUUCCAGGGAAUCUUAUUUCUAUGGAACCAAGUGAUGCUCAGUGACAGUCAGAGGAUGAUCUCGGUUUAAGUGGUCUCUCGAAACAUACAGAGAUCCGUGUGCAUAACACUGAGGUAUUAAGUGCAUAAUGGAUGCAGACCAUUUCAAUCCCUGUUAGUAUAACAGGCUUACAGAGUCUGUGUGUGACCAACAUGGUCUAAGCUGAUUCCCCUCCUUGCUGAUAGGAGGCUUUUUUUUUUUUUUAGCUCAUUUUUAAUCACAGUGGUGAAAAAUGAAACUGGUUCAUAGUUGUGCUAAAUAUUCAAUGACUAGAAGACAACAGAAUGUGUGUUUAGCAGGAAGCUUGAGAAAUAGUUAUUCUCCUUGUAAGCAGUAGUGCACUGACUGUAUUUUAACAGUAAUACGUGAGUCACACAGUGUGACUGACAUGUGUUUGCUUCCUUCAGACUGUGGUUUGUGGCGCUUUGCCUUUCAGAAAGCUCAUCCUGCUUUUGGAAAAAAUGAACCACGAAUAAUUCAUUUUCACCAUAAGUAUUCAUUCAUAAUUUCCUCGUUUACUUUCCCUUUCUUUGACUGCCCAUUUCCUUCUUUAAUUAAUCUGAUAUUUUAAACAACUAUAAAUUACAAAACUGGGAAUGUAAAGGUGAUGUAGCAAAGACUGUAAAUGUUUAUAUUCCUAUAGGCCAAAAACCUUUACCAGUAUGAAAGUUCUUAAAUGUUGACAUUUUACUCGAGAUAGCGUGAAGGUUUGAAUUACAGUACGUGUCGGCAACAAUUGUCUAAAACUCUGUGCAAAGUCUUGGGUUUUGCUGUUGAGUCAAAUUCAGGGAAACAAAUCUAAACAGAUCAGUUGAAGUUGGCAAAAACAAAAAUGGCGACGGUUAGGUUAGCAUAAGUACAUGUACAUGAUCUAUAGAAGUAGUUGCCUUCUCUUUCCUUUUCUUUUGUUAGAUGUGGCUAAUUGUGUGGCUUCAUUUCUGCGUCUAUCUCCCAGACGAACGGGCACCAAGUCAAGGUUGCGAGAAUAUCCUUGUUUAGACAUUUGCGAUUAUUAUUAAAUGUGAUUUUGUUUCAAGUUGUCAAUUUCUUUUCCGUCUUGGCCAGCGCACAAAAGGUUUUUGAUCUCGGCAUUACGUAUCCUGGUUAAAUAAAGCUAUUAACAAUAACAAUCAAAUAACACACAAAACAGUCUAAACUCAUAAUCCAUCCUGUAUAAUGUUGGGAAAUUCCAAGGAGGGGCAAUGUGGAACUAUCAAUUAUAACAAAAAGCCAGAGAUAAGAUCUUCUGGUCACGUAGGUGUUCAUUUGUUAAGCUCUGAGACUGCAGUGAUUAGUACUUUUCUGUAAGUCCUGCAGCUAAACAAAUAUGUCCUUUGUUUCUUCUUGACAUUUAAAAUAAAAUAAGGCAUUUCAACUUAAAAGGAAGUGACAGUGAAGUCUGCAGAGGGAGGUACACACCCAUCUUUUAGGCAGGACAAAGUUCAGGUCCGACCACUUUUAAGUUUUGUUGUCAGCAGAUUGCCAGUUUAGUUAGCAAGGUGGAUCAAUAGACUGUAUGAGUACAUUUCACAGAGACAGAUAUUUGUUUCCUGCUACUGUUAUUAAUUUCAUUGACUUGUAAAUGACAUGUUCAGUUGAUCACAGAGAAAGGAAUAUUAUUUGUCUGACAGCUGCAUUUAAAAGUUCCCGGAGCCACCAAGACCACAAAGACAGGUGACUCAUAUUUGUUGAGGUUACAUCAUUUAGCCAACUGCCUAUGUUGAGAUCCACCUAUCACUCAAAGUGUCAAUAAUAUUCAAAAACAUUAAUUAGACAAUAAAUAAAUUUUAUCCCCAAUCAUGUUGUGAAAGAGGUCAUGAGUAAUAAGAGGUGGUAUCAGUGUUUAGUUCUACCAGUUUAAAGGUAAUGACACCGAUGUGGAUUUCACCAUGUUGCACAGCUUUAAAUAUAUACAUUAUAAUUUGCCCAAACAAAUUGUGUUUUUUUUUUAUAGCAAGAAGGUUCACUGGUAUAAUUUCAUAUGCUAGUGAACCAGAACAUUAAAGCCCCCCUCUGAAGUGAAUGCCAUUAAUAAUCUGUGCAGGCAUCACCCAUCCCAGUGUUGAUGCAGACUAGUAUAGUGCUGUGCAAAAAUUUUAAGACAACAGUCAUUUUGCAUCAUUGCAGAAUUAUUAUACCAUCUAAGGCCAAAAAAAUGCAGUUUGCAAAAUUUAAAAAAAAAGCUUGAAAGUUAACAUUUGGUAUGACCGCCUUUAUUCUUUAACACAACCUGAAGUCUAUUAGCCAAGCUUUCUUGUAAUUUCUUUACAAAGUCUUCAGGCUUCUUCAAGGACAUCAAAAGCUCUUCUUUGAAUGUGGGUUGUGUUUAGUUUUCGUUUUCUGUCAAGAUGAUCCCACAUUGCCUUGAUAAUGUUUUACAGAUGGUUGUCAUGGUUGUACUUUCUCCCGUCCUCCUCUCUACAUAUGGAGGACAAUUUGAACCAAAAAUGUCAAAUUUGGAUUCAUCGUCCUGUGUCAGGUCUUUGCUGGGGGUUUUUUCUUAUUUCUUCAAAUGACUUUCUGACACUGUUCAUGUGUUUUAGAUAAAGUUGUGUUUAGAAGUUUACAUAUAAUCAUCAUGGGUAUGAAGGGCUUUUAAUGAUUCCUCUGUGCUGUUAUUUUUUCCAGGGUGGAAUGAUUGUACAGCUUUAUUGACUUUAGAAAACACAAGAACUUGGAUUUUGUUUAAUCCACACAGGGUCAAAAGUAUAAAAUACAUGGGUAAUGUUCUUUGGCUAAUCGCACCUUGAUUAGAUCCUUUUUUUUCAGCCAUCAACAAGCUUCUCGCAUGAUUUUGACCUGAUAUAUGACCACUCUUCUUGACAGAACUGGUAGAGCUCAUUUAACAUAGUUGAUUUGUUGGAACAGAACAAGCUUUUAAGCGUAGUCCACAAAUUUUCAGUAGGGUGUCAGUUGGGGCUUUGGAAAGUUUAUUCCAGAAGCUUAAUGGGUCCUUUCCAAACAGCUGCAGAUUCAUCAAUUUAAACAACUGUAUUUUACUACAUGUUAUUCUGAUGCAUCCCUACUUUCCAAGGGUCUGAAAGAUUACCCAAACUGUCAUCCUUAGAUGAUUUGGUUAGGAUGUUCAUGAGCAACCCAAGGAACUAAAAGGGGUUCAUCCAAGAAAGACGCCUCUGCUCCAAAAUGUUGAAGCUCAACUGAAAUUUGCAGUUGCAAAAGACCUUUUUAGAGAAACCAAAUGCCUUCGGGAGACAGGUUUUAUGGUCAGAUGAGAAAAAGAUUAAGCUAUCUGUCCACAAUGACAAAAGAUAUGUUUGGAGGCGCAAAGGUGAAGCUUUCAAACCUAAGAACACAGUACCACUGUCACGCAUGGCGGUGGUAUCAUCAUGCUCUGAAACUUUUUUUGUUCCCAGUGGUAGAGGUACGAUGUAGAGAGUAAACUGACAAAUGAAUAAGGAGGACUACCUCUAAAUACAUCGACUACCCACAUGUCAACUGCUGUAUAUUAUGGCUGGAACAACCAAUUAAAAUUCCAUAUAAAUUGUUUGAUGAUUAUAACCUGCAGGGUAUUUCCUGUUGCCACCAGGUGGUGCUAUAAGUGUGACAUAAUAUUGGCACAUAGAUGCCUAUGAACUCAAAAAUGCUGGCAAAAUUAUACAUUAAAUUCAAAAUGGCUCACUACCAUUGGAGUUUAGUCCAUGGCUUCAAGAGUCUUUGUGCAUCUUGAUCGUCUCUUCCAAAUUUUAUGAUUUUUUUUUAGGCUUUUCAAGACCUCAACAAUUACCUUCUGUUUCAAGACGAAUCACCAUGGCACCAGGGUUUGUUGUUAAAUGAAAUCUCCCAAUUUUCACACUGUAGCAUCAUCAAAGUCUGAUAUUUAUUCAUGUGGUCAAUCUAGGAGGAGUAGAAUAUGAAAUUAAAACAUUACAUUUCCUGUUUUCACUAGGUGGAACUCUAACUAUUGUUGACAAGUAUCAUAUCAGUCUAUUCAGGGCUGGACUCUCAUCUUGCCAGUGAACUUUGGGAGAGACUGGACCACGUGUCUUUGAGUUAUAGCAAUUUCAUGCUUCAUGGUGAAACAUUAAAAUUCGCAGUGCCGCCAGGGUGACGCCCUUUGGCAAAAAAUUCACAGAACCUGAGACCAACUUCUUGAGUUAUUUUGGGUGGCUCAGGUCAGUCACCUUGAAGCUGUAUCUCAAAGUAUAAAACAUGCCAUUUCCUGUUCCCACUAGGUGGUGCUGUAACCAUUGUUAAAUAUUACAAUUGAAAUAUAUUCAAGGGUAUACCCUUAUCAAACUUUGGAUUAUGCCUUUGUGAAUGACAGCAAAUGAAAAUAUCACGGCGAAUGAUCAAAAUUUGCCGUGGCACCACAGACAUGCCCUUAGCCAGACAUGCCAAAAACUCAAACCCUUAGCGGAAUGCCCAGGUCUGCAGUUAAGACUGACCAAAUAUGAAGUUAGCAACUAACUGGUAAACUUGCCAGUUGAUAGAAAUUAUGUUUAAGGUGAGCUGUAAUGUUUUGCUAUAGUGGAUCAGCAUCGGUUGGUUGCAUCCAUUAGUUAAGAACUUUAACUAAGUUUAAAAGUUGAUUUAGUACUUUUUUAUGCUUGUCACAUUUUAUAAGCAGUAUUUCAUCAAAAAAUAAAUAAAUUAUUAAGCUUUAUAUCAUCGUAUUCAUUUUAUCCCUUCCAGCAGAGGCAAAAGCGUUUUUUAAAAAGAUUUUAUAAUAGAUAUCCAUGUAAUCCGUGAGCAUUUUGUUAAGUUAAUGUUCCAGUGAGUUCCAGAAACCACAGGAACCCAUCUUUUGGCAUAGGGCCACCUCUUCUGCAUGAAGCACUGACUUGGCAUUAAAAGAACAGAAGAAAUCCUAGAACAUACCGAUACAUGGUAAAUGGUAAAUGGCCUGUAUUUGUAUAGCGCUUUACAUACCUACAAUAUGUAAAGUUCCUGAUGUGUGAUGAAUCAUUUAUGUUAUCUGAAAUGAGGUGACAUCUAGGAAGACAUCAAAUCUGUUGGUGAAAUUAUCAUUUUUCAUCUUGCCAAUCUCAUGACUUUCCAUUUAGCUGCAAGCCCUUGAAGUCAUAUGAUGUACAAAACAAGGUUUGUGACCAUGGGACAGUGUAGCCAUGUGAAACGAUAGUCUAUGACAAAUUUUUACCUUACCUUAGUGACCCCACUGGAUAACUUUUAUCAUGUUUAUCACUUUUAUCAAGCUUUUGAUUUGGUACAAGACUAGAAUCAGAAAUUUUGCUGCCAUUAAAGACAGAAUCCAAACGUUUUUUCUUUUAGUGCUGUGAGACUCAAGCUGGGAAACAUACCUGCAAUGAGCAAGCCAUAAUUUUAAAUAAUUAGGUCUGAGCCUUGUAACACACGGCACUAGUGACAAAGUCUCAUAUAGUGUAUAGAAUUGUGCAGACAAUACAAACUGUGGAAACAACACAUCAUAAUAAAAAAAGAAAUGGCUAGACAAUAACACUAGGGAGAUUUGACUCAGUUUCAUAAACUAUGCAAACAUCAGAGGCAAUAAUAAGAUUAAAAGAAUCACAGAAGCAGUGAGGACUCAUUUUCAGUGAGGAGGUGACCACAGAUCGC